AGAAAAAAAAUUAGCAGAAAAAUUAGAGAAGUUGAAGAAAAAUGAAACAAAAUUAAAAUCUAAAAUGAAAACGGAUGAACAAUCAAAUAUGACUUUAAAAAUCGAGAAUCUCAAUCAAGAUCAAAAUUUGCAUGGAUCAGAGUCAUCGCUGAAAACAAUCGGUAAAAAAAUUUCUGAACCACCAGAAAUACUUCCGAUCGAAUAUCGAAUUGAGCCUUUAUUAACGACAGAAGAAACAAAUAUUCUUCAUCAAGCAAUUAUUGAUAAACCGAUAAACGAUAAUUCCGAACUGUCAAAGUACAAAAGUUCAGUUCUCGCAGAAAUGCUAGAAUUUCAAAGAUUAGUUUCUUUAGAUGAAGGCAAAAAACAAGAAGCAUUAAUAUUUAGAGACCACUAUCUGGUUCCAAUAUACAAAGAAAUAUCGAGUGAUGAUCAACAAUCAACUAAAAGUGAAAUCCAACCAAUACUGACUGAUGAGGAGAGAAGUUAUUUAACUGGAAAGAAGAUUAACCUGGAUCCAGAAAAUAAAACUUCUACGCAAGAGAAAUAUCGAGAGUAUAUAAUAAACGAAAUUUUAGAAAUUGAAAAAUCAAAACUACCUCUAACCGAAAAAAACCAUAAAGCUUUAAGAGACUUUAUUGAAAUAUUCAAAAAUAGAGUAUCUGAUAUGAAAAAUAAGCCUCAAUAUCCUAUUUCUAAUUUUAAACAUGAAACAAAAGGUACGAUUUCACUUAUAAGUGAAGAACAAGAAGAUUUUUUAUUCUUCGAGUCUUUUGUCAAACCAAAAAUAUACGAUAGACAAGUAGACUAUAAUGUUUGGUUUUUCAAUGAGCUUUUUGCAACUCGUGGCCAACAUUUUUAUGACCCUUCACACUAUCGAUUCUAUACAAUGAAUAAAGAACAAAAUGAUUUGUUUUUAUCAAAAUUACUGUCAGAAUCAAUCACUUAUUCGAAAGGUUUGAAAAACCAACAACCGAUUUUGACCACAAUUAAUACAGUGAUAACAAAUACUGCCGAAAAUACCGUAUUGCCGGGUAAUGUACAACAAUCAAAAUAUAAUGUUCAGCCAAAAUCAUCCAAUUUACCCGAUACGAGCACUUUAACAAAACGGCUAAAAAGAUCACUGAAUCGAACAAUUCUAUCAACAACAACACAAAUGUCUGAAAAUCAAUUUUCUGAUUGCACACAUCAAUUUCAAUGA